AUGUCCUUUACUGCCAUCCGCUUGCUCUCGCCGGCGGUUACUCGAAGUAGACAACACAGCAUGGCAGGUCGAGAUCAAUUCAUCUUGAAAGACAUUCCAGAAGCCAUUUUCUCGAAGUUCAACGAGCAAAUCCUGCCCCGGCUGACUGAAUGCCCCAAUCCCUAUAUCCGACUACCCCAUGACACCAUCCCCGGCGAACGGAUUCUCGUCUACAGGCACCUGAAAGACGAUUUUCUGGAUCUCGUCCAGCGCGGAAUCCCUGUCUCCGCUCGAAAGAAGAUCCUCAAGUCCAGUCUACUAGGCAUUGCAGCGCUUCAUGAUAGAGAUAUCGUUCAUCUGGACAUCAAACCGGACAACAUCAUGGUCGACAGUUCCAGCUCCUCCACCGACGAGAUCUCCAUUGACCGGGUGCAACUCAUCGAUCUCGAAAACGCAGCCUACCUCCCACCCCGCCGCUGCAUUAAAGGCAUGCUAGCCGGCAACGACAACUGGCGCAGCCCUGAAGCCCAUCUCAAAGCCGAGCUGAACAAACCGACGGAUCUGUUCUCUUUCGGCGUAGUUGACGCGUCAUCUUUUGGCCCCGACGCAGAUUUCGAGAAGCAUCAGGCGCAGGGGGCCCUGCCGGAGCUCAUCCGGCUUCAACGGCAGGUGUCUUAUUUCGGGGAUGUGGAGGGAUUGGGCGGUUUGGUGAGGCAUGUUGCGGAUGACGAGCUUAGUUGCCAGGCGCUGCAGAUGCUGUGGGACGACCGGCUGGACGAGAAUAUCCCGUACCGGCCGUUUACCGAGUGGUCGGAUGCUAGGGACGCGACGUUCCAGGAUCUCAUUGGGGGUCUGACGAAUCUUGAUCCGGGAAAGAGACUCACGGCUUGGGGGGCGUUGGGGCAUGAGUGGUUUGUGGGGGUUUGA